AAUCCCCAGCCCUAAGGUUGUUUAGAAAGUUUGGGCGGCUCAUACUUGGAACCCAGGCAACAAAUACUUGAUGGUACUCAGGGGAUUCUAACAAAUGUUUUGUGCUAGUGGUGACAGCCAACACGGCGCUCUACCAGAGAGACUUGUAGUUAUUUAUCUUCUUUAAUAGUACUCCUUUCUUAUCAGUCACAAACGAACAAGUUUACUUAAAGGGUUUGUGAGAAUUAAGGAGGUGAAUUAACAGCUUAGAAAACGUUCAGUCGGAUUCCCUUCUGGAUACUUACACUGUCCACUGCAUGCCUGGAGGAAUUCAUGGAGGGACUUUUGUCAUGCUUCAAGAAGGGAAACCAUGGACAUUGAAGCAUACUUUGAAAGAAUUGGUUAUCAGAACUCCAGGAAUAAACUAGACUUGCAGACAUUAACUGCAAUCCUUCAGCACCAGAUACGAGCCAUUCCUUUUGAGAACUUGAACAUCCAUUGUGGGGAAUCUAUGGAGCUGAACUUAGAGACCAUCUUUGAUCAAAUUGUGAGGAAGAAGCGGGGUGGUUGGUGUCUCCAGGUCAAUCAUCUGCUGUACUGGGCACUGACCAAAAUGGGCUUUGAAACCACAAUGCUGGGAGGAUAUGUCUUUAACACUGCAGCCAAUAAGUACAGCAGUGGUAUGAUUCACCUGCUAGUACAGGUGACCAUUGGUGACAAGGACUACAUUGUCGAUGCUGGGUUCGGACGCUCCUAUCAGGUGUGGGAGCCUCUGGAAUUAACAUCAGGGAAGGAUCAGCCUCAGGUGCCUGCCAUCUUCAUUUUGACAGAAGAGAAUGGAACCUGGUACUUGGACCAAAUCAGAAGAGAGCAGUACAUUCCAAACCAAGAAUUUGUUAACUCAGACCUCCUUGAGAAGAACAAAUAUCGAAAAAUUUAUUCUUUUACUCUUGAGCCUCGUACCAUUGAGGAUUUUGAGUCCACGAAUACCUACCUUCAGACGUCACCAGCGUCUGUGUUUACAAGCAAAUCUUUUUGUUCCUUGCAGACGCCAGAAGGGGUUCACUGCUUGGUUGGCUCCACCCUGACCUAUAGGAGAUUUAAUUAUAAGGACAAUAUAGAUCUGGUAGAGUUUAAGAGUCUCACUGAGGAAGAAAUAGAAGAUGUACUGAAAACUAUAUUUGGUGUUUCUUUAGAGAAAAAACUUGUGCCCAAGCAUGGUGAUCGAUUUUUUACCAUUUAGAACAAGUGGCAGUAGAAGUUUUGGUGUCCCUCAAUGUUCUUGGACAAUUUAUGAUAAAAUGCUCAAACAGGUGGACAGUGUACAUAAUCAUGUGAGCUUUUUUGUAUUUAUCUCCCAGCCUAGUAAUUUGUUGAAUCUUUUCUACUCCUAUAAUUUAUGGAAGAAACCAGUAGACAUUUUACCUGUAAAAUAUCAGCACUUCUGGUUGAAUGACUUCUGAAUGAAACAUUCAAAGAGUACCUUACUGAUGACAUGGGCAUACUGGUAACCGUGCUGAUGUGUACUAGGACAUACCCAAUGCUGUUUUACAGCUAAAUUCAUAUAGAAUCUGUGCUAACGGCUGAGUAAAAGGAAUAGCGAACAAAGCAUUGCCAUUAAAGUCAACCAGCAUGUAUCUGCCAUGAGAUACAUGAGAUAGCACCUGUAUGAUUUAGGAUUUGGAUUCAGCAAAGAAGAAUGGGAGGUUGUGUUGGUUCCAAAUAAUUACAUAAUUUUCAAUAUAUUACUUCCAGCAGCACCUAGGGAUAUAGGAUUAGGACCCAAGAGAACCAGCCACACAGCUAAUGAUUGCUUUCUGUGUUGUUUUCAUAUCUACUUCUGUUAAUACUGUUUUUCUUACUGUGGGAACAAACACCAAUUUAGAAAUUUGAGCUUUUAGGUUUUAAGAAUGUAUGUCUAAAAUAAUAUAAAUGAAGAAAUAUGCAUCCCAAACUCAUUUUUAAAGAGGUAUAUUAAAACAUAGUUGACUAAUACAGGUUUUAUCUGGAGGAGUCAGGGUAUAAUGGGCUUGGUGUCUUCUGCAAAGGAGUCUUAUGUUUAUUUUACUUCUCAGGCAUGUUAAUAUUUACUGUUGACUCUACUAGAUUUGAAAUCACAUAGAAAACACACUUGUAAACUUCCCUAUGAGUAAUUUUAGAGACGUUUAACUGAAGAAGAGUCAGCUGACAAAGGAAUGUGGGCAGCACCAUUCCCUUUGUUUAGGUCCUGUACUGAAGAAAACAGAAAAAGAAAAGAAGAAAAAAAAAAAAAAGGAAAAAACAUGCGCUGAGCGAUGUUUGUUCAUUGCUGAUUGUGACACUCUGUGACCCGCUGCUUCGUGUGCUCACUUCUACAACUGUUAUGGAGCCUGCAAACUAUGAGCUAAAGUGCAAAUAGGUGGUACUCGUUUCAUCUGUAACAAAUCAGCCACAGAUUUAGGGGGGGUGGUGGAGGGAGAGAACCAAAUCUGCAGUAAAUAUUAGAUAAAUAUCUGUUAGAUGGAUGCCUACAUAAAUUCAUUAAGCCAAUGAUUUUGACAUUAGGGGAGCUUUUAAUGGACCUUCUUUCAUCUUGCUUUGGACACUCCUCAAAUGUCCAUUCUGUGUUACAUUAUGUCCCUUUUGAAAUCCUUUCUCACUGUCACCCACUGGCUUUUUUCUUGAUGAAAGAUUGCUGUCAGAUCCUGAGACCUAUGAGUGUGAAUAGUACUUCAGACUUGGAGUGUUGACUCUUCUAUACUUCACCUUUUUAUUGUGCUUGCCGGUAUCGAGGAUAUAAUGUAAAAUUCAAACUUCUGAGAGCAGCUCUCUUUCUUCAGCUAUGAUAAUCAAGAAAAUGUGAAGUGAGGAGGAGCAUUAGAAUGGAGAAAAUACUUUAAGCUAGCACGUUUCCUAGUGGAUAUUUUAUGUAGUGAUGAGGACACAGGGGAAGGUACGAGUCCCAAGCAGAGGUUGACCAGAGGCCUGACCUGAGUAAAAAGGAGUAAUGAAAUAAUUCUCUGGUUAAUGAUGCUUUCCCAUCUCCCUUCUUUGGCUUUAUUUACCACAACUAUUCUCUUUGUCAGUGUCAAGUCUUUAGGAUACUUUUCAGAACAGAAAAGGAUUUCACACAUUCAUCAAGACCAUACUCCUGACACAACACGCUGAGCCAGUCAAACUGUGGCCCGUGGAGAACAGUGAGGGUUUAGGACACUCAGCGAAGCCAUCUGUACAGUGAGUGUCUUACUCCCAGUCCAGUUGUUUCUCCUUAGAGCUUUCUACUAUAUGGGGAAAAGCAAAUGUGUCAAGAGUCAGAAACAGAUAUAAAAUCAGGACUUUAGUGCUGACUGCAGUGUGUGUUAGUUUCUAUCAAAUGAAAUUCAAAUGACUGAAGAAAGAAAAAUCCCACCAAAAUGUAUAGGCAGAGGUUUAAGACAACCCUCCAUUCUUUGUGGUCGCCCAAACCAUUGUCUGUCCUUCUGAGAACCCCACAGAAAUUUGAAUAUGGCCGCUUCUCUUGGGGCUCUUAGACUAAUAAAAAAGCCUGGCCCCAGGGAGAUGUCUGGACUGUUCUGAUAAUGAAUGUAUACUUAGUUCCCAGUCUUUAAGAUAGAGCCAAGUGAAGUUUAUGUCCUACUCCACACUAUACAAAUAGAACUGUGAAAAAUCCCAGUGUCCUUUUAGUCCUAUUGAGGGUUCACAUUUUAAUCCUGGAGUGGAAAGCCAGACUCAUUGCACAUUUGCAUCUGUUUUCUGUGUUCUAGGACCACUGUAGUCCUGUUGCAGCCGAAGCAGUACUAAGAGUGCUAUUUAUGGUAACAUGUUUAUAUUAAAAUAGAAGAAAAAUAAUCAAAUAAUAAUCUAGCACUACACUCAGAUACUAGGAAAGCAGGAGCUAUCUAACUUCAAAGUAAAUAGAAAGGAAAUGUAAAGAUCAGAGCAAACACAAUGUGCAGAAACAGCAACAGCAAACAUAGCAACAGAGUAGGAUUUUGGAAAAGUUAGAUGAACUGGAAAACAAUUAGCUAUACUACGUAGAAAUUAAAAAGUAAUUAAACUGACAGUGAAAGGGGAAACCUUAUAACUAAAAACAACUGCAAAGAUUCCUAAGAUAUUGCUGUAAACAACAAAAUGAGCCAACAGACAACUAAGGAUAAUAUGUUUGUAGAAACAUUAAGACUGAACCAGAAAGUAAUAGGAUAUUUGAAUAGACCAAUAAUGCAAAAGGGCAUCGAAUCACUCAGCAAAAGCCUGAUUAAAGAAAACCCAGAACCAUAUGGCUUGAUAGCUGAAUCAUUUGAAGAUAAACAAUCAUAGCUGUAUUUCUCAAUUUCUUUCUGCAAACUAAAGGAAGGAGGCAUAUUUCUAACCUUAUGUCACUUGGCCAAAGCCAGUGAUAUCCCCAGAAAAGAAAACUGCAGCCCAGCAUUUCUAACUACGUAGUUGCAAAAUCUUCGAGGUCAUUGUUUUCAAUAGCAGUCUAGGUGCAAGGAUGCCUCAACACACACAAAUCAGCUAAUGUGAUUUGCCGUAAUGAAAGCUGACAAUAUAAAAGCUAUAUAAUCACUUCAAGAUAUGUAUGAAAAGAUACUGUCAACUUACUUUCCUGAUGUAAGCUCUCAAUGACUUUGGCACAGAAAGAAUGUUCCUCAAAAGAAGAAAAGUUGCAUGUGACACCCUUUCAGCUAACAUUAUAACCUAAGGUCAGCAAUGGAACAAGAGUGCUUACUCCCAGCAUUCUGUGCAAUCUAGAAUGGGACAUUCUAGUCCCAUAGGAGAUGAGAAGAAUUCAAGUAAUAAUGCAAGAAGUGCAUUAUCUCUCAUCUCUCUCUCCAUCCACCAUCUUUCUAUCUUCCUAUCUAGCUAUCUAGCUAUCUAUCUAUCUCUCAUUAAAUUUUAUUGUUUGCUUGCUUGA